UGGUAUCACUUUCCCUUAGGGCAUGUGUUUUGACCUUACAGUUGUAAAAUGAAGCAAUCAUUUACUCCUGCUCCUUCUGGUUCUUUGCAUCACUUACUUGCAUUAUCAAACACACAGAAAAAGCGACAUAUAUAACAUGUCAAGGUGGGAAAUGUUUCUUAGAUGAAGGAAAAAAAAGUGCUAUUUCACAGAGAGAACAGAUGGACAGACAAAAUGAGGAUAAUUCAGCUUUUUCUCUACUGUUCCUCCUAACUUGGGCAAGACUUUGAUUGUGUGUUCAUGGAGGCAGACUGGACAGUACCCAGAAGCCCAUCAGUAGCAAAGUCAUGUAACUUAUGGCUUUCAAGUGUCACUGGUGGAACUUUGAACAGAUGCAAUCACCUUCCCAGUGGUCUUGGGAAGUGCUGCAAUGCUGUGAAAUGCUCUAACUUAGCAACUGGUUUUAUCUCCUUAAGAAUUUCUUUAUAGUAAGAUCCACAACUGUAUUCAAUUAAAUCAGUGUUCAGUGUAACAGGAGCAUUUGGAACCGCAAGAUUUUAUUUAUUUCUUAGCUGAGAAAUUGAGAAGUUCCAUCAGUCAGACUCCACCUGCUGAUCAGGGUAAAUAUGCAUUUUUUUUGUAUAAAUAAAAUUUUUCUGAUCACAUACUGGGGUACUUCCAAUGCUUCUGUGUUCUGUGUAUCUUUACUCCUGUGAUUCAUGGGGCAAACUAUAAUUUAUUGUCCUACCUCCUCAUAUUUCUUUCACGAGACAUUACUGCUGAACAACACUGUCCUAUAUCCUUAAUCUCUUCUGCCACAUGAUUUCUGGUCAUGCCCAUAUCUCUGCUUUCUGUCUUAACUACUAAGCUGGUACAAUUUUCUGAGAGGAAUGAAGAAUGGGAUGGUAAAUACAUGCAGGUGUUUCACCAGGCAAAUAUAUACACAGCUUUGUAAAAGGUUGUUUCUAGAAUAAUAGAUAGUGCAGUCCUGGAGGAUGCCAGUUUCAGUCCCAGCUGCAGACAGAUGGCAGAGAUCCUCAGCAGCAUUUUCUCUCAGUUUUCUCGCUUUAGUCUUCUCUAUUACAGCAUUCAGUAGCAGUUACUGGUGUGAAGGGAUGAGAAAAGUUGCCAAACCUUUCUGUACAGGACAGACCAAAGGGGAUCACUGCAUUCACUUUAAUAGCCCCGAUGCCAACAACAGCAAUGCUGUGCAGUAUGUUUGGGAGACAGGAGAUGACAAGUUCGUUGACCGAAAGUUUCAUGCUGGGAUUUGGUAUUCCUGUGAAGAAAUUAUAAAUGAAAAAGGUGAGAAAUGUAGAAGCUUCAUCAGUCUGACGCCAGCUGCUGAUCGAGGAGUUUUAUGGCUGUCUAUUGUAGCAGAGAUUCUGUACAUCAUUUUGCUUCUGACUGGAGCCAUUCUUAUGUCAGUAGAAAUGUGCUACUACAGGACUGUCAUUGAUGGGCUAAAGAUCAACGCCUUUUCUGCAGUAGUCACCGUAUUAGCAGGUCUUCUGGGCAUGGUUGCUCACAUGAUGUACACAACUGUGUUUCAAAUGACUGUAAAUCUUGGUCCUGAAGACUGGAGACCUCACACAUGGGAUUAUGGCUGGUCCUAUUGCCUCGCAUGGGCUUCCUUCGCUUGCUGUAUGGCUGCAGCUGUCACCACUAUUAACAAAUAUACAAAAACUACUUUGGAAUUCAAGCACAAAAGAAAAACGCUGGAAAGGAGUUUAAAGAUUAAAUACAAGUUUCCUGAUCAUACAGCUUCAGAGAAAGCUUGCAAUGUGUACGUGAACUCUUUUCACAACAGUACAGAGGACCCUGCACACCCAAUAAAAGACUUGCAUCACCUGGCCAAUAUUUCAGUUCUGUGA